AUGACGAGAUCUGAAGUCACCAAUGAGAGCAGAUUUGUUGCAGGGUUUACAGCCAUUAGACGCCCGGAGGAACAAGAAAUAGCAAGUCAGCCUAUUUCAGAAAAAUUGUUGGAUAAUAGAAAGGGAGAACUGGUAGAAAUUCCGGACAGAUACAAAGGUAGAGUGGCUGGAAAACAAAGUUGUACUUUACGCAAGAUAGAGACCCAAACAGGGGUAAAACUUUUCGUGGAGGAUGGAGAAGUAUACAUAGUCUAUAGAACACAACAGCAACGGCGACAUGCGAAAAGGAACAUUGGAACAAUUGUGGCUGGAGCAAGACUAAAGGAUUUUGAAAAAGAAUUUUGCAAAGCUUGUUCUUACGUCGAUGGUCGUCAUCUUCCUGAGAACUGUAAACUUAAGCUUGAGGAGGUGCAAGAAGAGGAUCGCAUGCCACUACCAGGGCUUCAAACGCAAUAUCGACUCGAACCAGCUGAGCACUGUGAAAGAGAGAAUUCGUACCAUGAUCGGAAUGACCCCGUGUACCAAUCCAAUCUUAAAGACGAAGUUUUGAUGUCAUUACGGAAGAUUAAAGAGAACAGAGAGACAGAUGAGAGUCCGAAGGCUGAUAUGUGGUGUCAUCUGGGAACUUGUAUUAUUAGAGUACCUGAUGAAGAGAAUGUUGUCCAAAAAACAUGGGACGUCGAAGAGAUAACUGAACAUUUUCAAAGGCCUGAUGCUGGAGAAAAAAUGCUUUGGAAAGUUUCUUUUAGAGAGCGAGAUGACAUUCCUGAGGACAUCUUUAAAAGAACUGGCCUCAAAGAGAUCACUGAAGAUAAUGAAUACGUCUCCAGAUAUGACCUAACAUAUUUGACGCCUUGUUUUUAUCAACUUAGAUGUAAGGUGUGGGUGACGAAGAGUAGCGUAAAGAAAAAGCUUGAAGAUAUACCAAUCCCUUUUAGUGACGUGAAGAAUGUAUUGGAAGAGAUUCAAUUUGAAGAUGAAACAACGCAAUCACGUUGUCGUGGAUGGCUGGUACUUAAAUCUCGAAAAUAUUUUCAGACCGACAUUCUUUUCCCCGGCUGCGAGCUAGACUGCAGGUUCACCAUACGUGAGCGAAGAGAUCGUACUGCUAUCAGAGGAGACGUACCCGAAAUCGAAGUGAGACGUGCUUUGUCUACAUACCUUUCUCGACUAACUUUGAAAGAUAAGGAUGCCUUCGGAUUACUUCUUCCAGAUCACGAUUUGCCUGAAGGAUUCCACCUACUCCGUAAGCGAUGUUGCAAGCGAAAAAUGUACAGCACGCGUGAAGGAUUCUUUGCCAUACUUUCUCAGGAGGAUUCAUGGUCCAUUGACUUCUUAGGGAAUGAAAGAAGCAGAGAAUCGACUGACCUCCACUUACAUAGCGAAGAGUGCGACAAACUUCUAAAUGGCACAGAUUGGCAACCGGAAAUCAUAGUUCAGAAACUGCCCGAAUUUAUUCAAUUUGUAAAGGAAAUUCAAGACUUUGUUGUACGGGAGAUGAAAGGAAAUGGAUCCACAAGAACAGUUCCUCCAGAGAUUCGCGCUCGUGGUCCUCAAGCUUUAGAAGCCUAUAACAGUGCACUGGCCGAAGGUCAAACUCGUGUGAAGAGAGUACCGUUGAUGUUAGUUGGACAAGAUCGGUCAGGAAAGACUAGCGUGAAGAAGUCCUUGAAAGGAAUUUGUUUCAACCCGGACGAGGAUAGCACCGUGGGCAUCGAUGUCGAUACCUAUGAAUUCAAAGUAACCACUGAAAUAGGGAUGACAAAGGACCAAGGCGAAAAAGUUGAUGAGGCAUCAAUCUCUUUUGAGCAUAGUGCAGCUCGGUGGAUUGCAGAUAAAUUAACGGCGAAAGAAAACGUUACUGAAGCUACAGAAGCAGGUAGUACCAUGUCAGAACAUUAUGACUUUGAAGAAAUUAACACCUUAGAGGGAGGAUACCUCAGUAAGAUUUUAAGUUACAGAGACCCUUCAGAGUUGCCUAAAAAUCCAGCAUACACUCAUUCUUCGCACGAGGAACCUUCUUUACCAACGAGAGAAGAACAUAAUCUACCUCCAACGGAGCACGAUGAAGAUGUACUCAACAGCACGUUUGGAAAAAUGCCGGAAUUUGAAGACAUUGCUAAGUUAAUUCAACAGAUCCUUCAAGAUGAGUUGCAAGGCGAUAGAGAGGAUAUUUACUCAAUUACGUGGGACUUUGCUGGACAGUCUGUAUAUUACGUGACACACCCACUCUUUCUCACAAGAAGAGCAAUCUACUUUUUGGUCUAUGACUUAAGUAGGAAUCCAAGCGACAAAGCUAUACCCCCGGUGAAGCAAGGAGUUUAUGGAAAAAUUGAAGAUAAAUAUAAUCUGAAAACGAAUUUGGAUUACUUAGAGUUUUGGAUGAGUUCUUUGGCCUCCUUAGUGGAACAGAGUAAUCGCCCACACGUGAGCCCCGCCAGGAAGGUGCUUCCGAAGAAUCCUCCAGUUGUUUUCUUGGUGUGCACUCAUGCUGAUAAACCAUAUUGUAAUCGCGAUCCUUUUGCACUUGCCAAAGAAAUUUUUGGUGAUUUGAAAACCAAACCAUAUGGUUGCCAGUUGUUUGACGUGUUUUGUGUUGAUAACACCAAGUCAGGCUCUGAAUCAAAAUGUCAAGAGAUCAUGCGAUUGCGAGAGAAGGUUCAUGAAUUUGCUAAGGAGUUACCACAUCUAAAUGAGGCUAUUCCGAUCAAGUGGUUGAAAUACGAAAAUGCCCUUCGUGUGAUCAAGGAAACUGGUCGAAAAUUCAUCUCCCUCGCAACCGCGAAAAAGAUUGCUUCCGACGUUUGCAACAUAAACAAAAACGAUGAGAUAUUAACAUUGUUAAACUUUUUGCACGAUCUGCGAGUUUUGAUCCACUUCGAUGACACUCCGGAAUUGAGUGAUUUAGUUAUCUUGGAUACCCAAUGGUUGAUUGAUAUAUUCAAGAAUGUAAUAACUGUCAGGCCUUACAACUCGAAAGAGGAAGACUUUGAUGGUCUUUGGCUCAAACUGGAAAAAGAGGGAAUCCUGGAAGAAAAGCUCCUCAAACAUGUUUGGAAUUCUUUGAUCCCUGAGACAGAAACUCACGAAAGCCUUAUCGCAAUAAUGGAGAAAUUCAGCUUGUUGUGUCCUUGGCCAUCGUCACAAGACUCGCACAACAAGCAUUAUCUGGUGCCAUCUAUGACGCAGACGCACCCGCCAAAAAUGAUUAGUGACCUCGUUGAAUCUGCAAAACUUCCAUCCCUUUUUCUUAAAUUUGAUACAGGUCAGGUCCCCCUAGGUUUAUUUCCCAGAUUUGUGCUGGAAUUCUUUCUUUGGAGUAGAAAAGAAUUUCGUCGCGCAGCUUCUCCCCAAUUUUAUAACAAUUUUGCUAGAUUUCACAUCUUCCCAAACCAAGGCCUCUCGAUUGCUCUCCUUUGCCAUUCCUCUGCAAUUGAGGUCAUUGUCCUCAACGCAAAUAGUGAAAUUGGUACGUCUGAUGUUGCCUUAAUUAAAGCCUUUCGUGGCCAGCUAACUUUGAUGAUAGAUUGCGUUAGGAACAAGUUCUUCUGGGUGAAGAAUGUUGCAUGUAAGGUAUGUUUCCUAUGUCCGAUCUGCUCCCAUGGACGCGCGGUCAGCUUCUGCACACAACAUAAUGAAGAACAUUGUAAGAAAGAGGAAUGCCUCCACUUCCUUUCAGAGUCAGAUUUAGGAAAUAAAAAGGAACAGGUCUUUUGCACAAAAUCUGCAACCGCUCGGGAUAACCGAAUUCAGGCCGAGGAAUUUUCUCUCUGGAUUUCUCCCAGCGAGGAAAAGGUGGUGACUUAUCAACGUGAUGAGACCCUUCUAUCCAUCGUGAAAGAUGGAGAAGAGGAGAUGUCAACUGAGUUACUUUCCGAAGCUAUAACAGCUCUUCGGCCACAACCACCUGCCAGCAGUGAGGUGGAAAGGAUGCUAGAUCCUUUCUCAACAGAGAGCUAUGAAAAGGGUAUGGAAUUCUUGGCGUGUGAUGGAUGCGAAGAUGAAUACAACGCAUUCGAAGGUACUUCCGUUAACUUAAUGGGAGCCGUUAGUCAGCAUAACGCCUUCACUUGCAACACUCUUGCAGGAAAUUGCCAAAUUCAGACAUCCGCUGGAAAUCACCUAAAUGCUUCCCAUUCACUUCGAGGUGCUUCUCAGGAGAGCGACGGGAAGCAGGUUCCUUUUUCACAAGGGAAUGGAUACAAAUCUCUCCUUUUGCCUCACAAAGUUAGCGAAUCUCUCCAGUUAACAUCAGACGCCCCAAAAGAGGUUGUAGAUAAAUUGCUUCACAAUCUACAACUUGAUGAUACCUCACUGAAAGAUCCAAAACCUGAAACUGAGAAAUGGAUCCGUUGCCUCACGAGGGACGCUAAAAAUCGUGGCAGGACUGACGUUGUUAAGUUUUUAAGAGAAAUCAUGCCAGCAGGGACAGCAGGUCCAAUGCUGCCCGACACACUCCUUGUUCAAAAUAUUCCAAAGACUCAGCUAAAAGAGUUGACAGUUACUCUCAGCGGUCGAGACGAUUGGGAGCUAUUUGCCGAGAAACUGGGACUGACCCCGGCGGAGAUACGGUUUUUGGACAAGCGCACGUUGAACCAAGUGUUGGAAGUUUUGAAUUUCGCUGCACAAAAGUAUCUCAUAACUGUGGGAGAUCUUUAUGACAUUUUGAAAGACUGUGGGCUGCCUGUCAUUGCCGACUUUCUUUGA